ACGUACCGUAAUUCACAUAUUUACACACAAUAGUAAAAAAUUUUUUUUAUUAAAACAAUACUGCACCAUCCUUUAUCUUUUCAUGACGGUUUCCGUACAUUCUCUCCCAAACGGUCAACGCUACAUUUCCACGACUAGCAAUUAUCGAUCAGAUGUGCAUGCGUCUCUGUCCGGAAGCACAUACAUCACCCUGCCCGUUCAUUAAACCGCUCUAAAGAUUUGCGCACGCGCUCAUUUGAACGUAGCUCUAGUCAGUGCACCGUUCGCCGUAGUCAGUGCAUCGUACGUCUCCGCGACAAUCAUGACGUAUUCUUACUAUGUGACAAGGGGCAUCGAGCUUCCCUAUAGAAGCGAUAACAAUUAUAGUCUUCAACUGACUCGUUGGUUUCUCUUACCGAUUGGUGCUUGGCCGCGAAUGAGCACGGCCACGAGGGUAGAAAAGCUCCCCUCGCAUAUGCACAUUUUAACGUGCGCGUCCUUAAUAGCGAUCGUCAUGGUGCCGUGUGUGUUAUACGUGUCGCUGGAAGAGAAAGAUUUUGAGAUCAAAGUAAGCGUGAUGGGUCCGCUGAGCCACUGGAUCAUGGGCAUGAUCAAUUACUGUUUGCUCCUCGCGCGCGGCGACGACAUCCGCGAGUGCGUGCUGCACAUGGAGACGGACUGGCGGCUCGUUCGAAAGAUCGAGGAUCGUCAAAUAAUGAUGCGACAAGCCAAGAUCGGCCGCUUUGUCGCCGGAUUCUGCGCGUUGUUCAUGCAGAGUGGCACAUUAUUGUUCGCUGUCGCGAAAUCGCUGUCAACCACUAUCGUCAUCGUCGGCAACGAAACCGUCUCGAUGCAUCCGAUGACUUGUCCAAUUUACACCAAAUUCAUCGACACGAGAUUCAGCCCCGUGAACGAAAUUAUGGUGGGUGUGGAGUGGCUAUCGUGUUUUAUAGUGAACUCUGUUACGGUGGGCGCUUGCAGCCUCGACGCUGUCUUCGCGAUGCACGCGUAUGGUCAGCUAAACAUGCUGUUUUCGUGGUUAAACGAACUCGUCGUAGACGAAGAUAGGGAGAACAAAUACGUUGAGCAAAGGCUGGCUGUUAUCGUGGAGCAUCACUUAAGGGUGUUGAGUUUUAUAUCGCGUAUGGAAACCAUUAUGCGAAAUAUCUGUCUCGUGGAAUUGCUGGGAUGUACGAUGAAUAUGUGUUUACUUGCAUAUUAUUUUAUUACGAAUUUGGACUCAUUUGAUGCGGCAAAAACAACGUCAUAUGUCAUUAUAUACCUGUCUAUGGCUUUCAAUAUUUUUAUAUUUUGUUACAUCGGUGAGAUUCUCACAGAACAGUGCAAGAGUGUCGGCGAAAAAGCGUAUAUGAUAAAUUGGUAUGAAUUGCCACACAAAACUGCUCUUGGACUUAUUUUGGUGAUAGCACGAUCGAGUAACGUUAUCAAGAUGACUGCUGGAAAAUUAUUUCAGUUAUCUAUCGCAACUUUCGGUGAUGUAAUUAAAACUUCCGUGGUAUAUUUGAAUAUGUUGCGAACAAUGUCAACCUCUGCGUGA